GUUGGCUGUCGUGGUUGGCCCACCGUCGCUAUGUCCAUCGGUCCAACGUUGGUCCACCGUCGCUAUGUUCAUUGGCCCAACGUUGGUCCAUUGUUGGCCCAACACGAUUUCAAGCUACGUUGGCCCAUAGUUGGCCCACUAAUAGUAAGAAGACUGGUUGGCCCGACGUUGGUCAACAGUUGGUCCGACAAUGUUAAGAGGGAUGUUGGCGCAUUGGCGGUCAAAACUGGUUGGCCCAACGUUGGUCAACAGUUGGGCCAACUUUGGCCCAACGAUUACGUAUAUGUUGGUCCAACGUUGGCUGUCGUGGUUGGCCCACCGUCGCUAUGUCCAUCGGUCCAACGUUGGUCCACCGUCGCUUUCAAGCUACGUUGGUCCAUUGUUGGGCCAACCAUAUUUUCUUUCGGUGGGCCAACGUUGGGCCAAUGGACAUAGCGACGGUGGGCCAACCACGUCAGCCAACGUUGGUCCAACAUUGGCAGCCACCACAGAACCAACGUUGGCCCACUGUUGACACAAUAUACUUUUUUGUACAGCCAUUGUUGGCUCCCUGGGCAG